AUGCCACCUCCAUUUAUUGGUUUCACUAAUUUAAAAAAUGUUAAUGCAGAUUUGAGGCUCCCGCCACCAAGUGACCUAGCAGUCUACAAGACACGCCUUGGCUUGAACAUAACGUGGUCAUUUAACGACCAAUCAAAAUCACUCAUCAGCCACCUGACAAUUUGUUACCGCUCCUCUGGUGCAUGGUCCAAAUUAGCCAGCACCUUCAACUCCAAUCAAUUUUUUUUUCUUUGGACCGAAUACGCCAAGAGUGCCACGUAUCAAUUUCUUGCUUAUGCUCAUUCUGUUAACGGGAAAGUUAGCAACGUGAGCAACAUCGUCACUUUCGACGCGGCAGGUGCGUACGUUGUCUUCCUUCCGCUCUUAUCGUAUAUAUUCUGGGUGGUUGAAAUGAUUGAGUUGUUAAAUAAAGAAAGUUUGGAAGGAAGGAAGAAAGAGCAGCAUUCUGUUUCAUCUUCGAACUUCUUCACGUACACCAUGUACACAAUGAUGGCUGGCGUUCUGUGCGUGGUCGGUCUCUCGCUGGUCAUCUUCAUCAUGCUACUGAGCACACAUCGCAAGAAGAAGAGGAGGAGGAAGCAAAACAGAUACGGUCGUUUAUACAAUAAAUUAUGUGAUAGCUCAUCAAACAUAAUUUGUUUUAAAAUCUACAGUAGAGAUACAACAGACUGUUUUACAGAACUGUGA